UUCACUGGCUCAGACGGUAUCCCCACUACCGAGACCAUCUACUAUGUCGAGACCCCAGUUGUUGGAAUCAGUUCCACGACCAUUACCGGCUGGACUGGAUCUGUUACAUCGACUUACUCAACCGACGUGACCACUUUCACUGGAUCUGAUGGUAUCCCCACUACCGAGACCAUUUACUAUGUCGAGACUCCCGUUGUUGGAAUCGAAUCCACCACCACUACCGGCUGGACUGGAUCUGUCACUUCAACAUACUCCACCGAAUUGACCACCUUCACUGGCUCAGACGGUAUCCCCACUACCGAGACCAUUUACUAUGUCGAGACUCCCGUUGUUGGAAUCGAAUCCACCACCACUACCGGCUGGACUGGAUCUGUCACUUCGACAUACUCCACCGAAUUGACCACCUUCACUGGAUCUGAUGGUAUUGCAACAACCGAGACCAUCUACUAUGUCGAGACCCCAGUGGUCGGUAUCGAGUCGACCACCACUACCGGCUGGACUGGAUCUGUCACUUCGACAUACUCCACCGAAUUGACCACCUUCACUGGCUCAGACGGUAUCCCCACUACCGAGACCAUCUUUUAUGUGGAGACCCCAGUUGUGAGUAGCGUCUUCACUGCAAGUACUGAUAGCAUUUCUUUGAUUAGCACGACCACAGCGGAACCAGGUCAAUACACCAGUACAUUUUCUUCUGCUGCAUCUUUGUCAACAUUCGAGUCCUCGAGUUACACCACCACACCAAACCGGCCAUACUUUGGCAAUUCGUCAACUGUUGUACCCCCAAGAUCUUCAUCUACCAGAGAGUCCUCUUUGUUCACCUCAGCGAAAACAACAGAAUCCGUAUCACAUUCCUCUGUGUCUUCAUUGAUGUCCACGUCUAAACAUGCCACCACGAAGAUACAUCCUAGCUCAAGCGCAUCGGAAAGCAAAUCCUCAUUUAAGGUCUCAAGUGGAUUCCUGUCCUCAAGCCUAGUUUCUCAAGCACCUUCAAGCUCUUUUGGAUCUGUGAUAUAUUCCACAUCCUCCGGUCCUGCCCUCAGCACUGCAAUGCUAAGCUCUUCAACAACGUCUCAAGAAAAGGUUACCAUAGGUACUAGCAGCAGGAGCACCGAAACUCGGCAGUCUGCGACUCACUCUUCUGUUACUGCCUCGACCCCAGAGUCGUCGUCUGUUAGUGCCUCGACCCCAGAGUCGUCGUCUGUUACUGCCUCGACCCCAGAGUCGUCGUCUGUUAGUGCCUCGACCCCAGAGUCGUCGUCUGUUAGUGCCUCGACCCCAGAGUCGUCGUCUGUUACUGCCUCGACCCCAGAGUCGUCGUCUAUUACUGCCUCGACCCCAGAGUCGUCGUCUAUUACUGCCUCGACCCCAGAGUCGUCGUCUAUUACUGCCUCGACCCCAGAGUCGUCGUCUAUUACUGCCUCGACCCCAGAGUCGUCGUCUAUUACUGCCUCGACCCCAGAGUCGUCGCCUGUCAAGUCUGCCACCUCCUCAUCCACUGUUGUUCCGACACCAGAGGCGUCAUCUGCGCAAUUAUUGUCAUCGAGCUCGAGCUACCUUUCUACCUCUCCAGGGCCAGCCUCUUCCGUUACUAAACUAUCUAGUGACGGCGGCUUCUCCACCGUCACAGAAGAAGUCACCCAGUCUCCAACCUUCUCAGCUUCGAGCUACGUAUCGACAUUUUCAGAUUCAGUCUCAUCCCCAUCCACUGCUUCUGCCACCGUUGCCGACUCCACCUCCAUGAAUGAAUACCCUAGCAGCACAAAAGUGACGUUCACCACUCAAACGACCCCUGCUAAAACUUCCGAGGACGUGACAAAGAUAGCAAGCACUGUGCAGGCUUCGAAUAGCACAUCCAUUGACAACGCGUCGACAACCAGCAUCCAAUUCUCUACGACAAACCUAUUUUUGUCACCCACCUUGGCCUCCUUUGACACAUCCUCUCCAAUGACGGAGCCAACUGUCGCUAAGACUAGUUUCGCAAGUGUUUUCAGCCAAACCACAUCAGCGGUUGCCGUAACUGCCAGCGGAAAGGACGGAGAGAGCUCUAAAGUAUCGGAAGCUUCAGAGACGAUCAAUGUCUCUGCCACGCCAAUUAAACCAACCUCUACCGAAAGUGCUUUCACGAGUAUAUCUACGAAGCACUCGACCACUACUGUUCGACCAUUUAGCAAAGUCCAGUCUAGCCAAGAACUUGAAGUGACUUCAUCCACCUCCGCCACAGAUCAGCUUGCUACCACUACCAGUAGCUCGAAAUCGCAAGCGACGGAAGUUACAAGCAUGUCGCAAACAUCUGGAACGCUAACAAGCGGCAACAGCCCAGUAAGCUCAUCCUUUGCGACUUCUCAUAAGCCACAGUCUUCAACUAUAAGUGUUGCUACUUAUGAAGGGAGCGCUAAGAAACUUAAGUUAGGUCUGCUCUUCGCUCUUCCAUUAGCUUUGAUUUGAUAG